AUGGCUUUAUUAAAAAAAGAGAUCGCAGCUUUACGCACAAGCUCCAAUCCCUACAGUUCCUCUCUGGAAUCACUCAAAAAAGAUCUAGCUGACGUUAAGCUUGCAUUGAAGGAGCUGCAAGAAAAAAGAAUUGGGUUUAACCCUGCAACCUGUGAUACAUAUUCGUCUCCUAUAUCUUGUGAGGACAAGAUUCCCGGAAGGCGGGUAGUUAAGAAUAAAAGUGCACAGAAAUUGCUGUUAGCCGAGAUAAGCUCGCACGCGUCCACACCGGCCGCUCCCCUUCCACCAGAGCCCAUAGUGAGGCCAUCAUGCUCACCUACGACAUCGCAAGGCGCAGCGAACAAUAAAUCAGUCCUACAGUCCAGCGGCACAGAUUCUAAACAAUUGUCCAGUCAACCGAGUUAUGCUAAAGUUGCGGACGGUUCUGACUUGGGUCCUAAAUUUGCGCUUGAUUGUGAUUUAUUAACCGUUUCUGAACACAAUUAUAAUGUAAACAAUUCGCAAGUUCUGUCACUAACACCGAUAAAAGAGGGGAACUGGACUACAGUGACGAGUGAACGUCAAAAGAGACUAGAGAAUAGAAAAGGAAAAGCGCAUCCAAUAAGCAAAUUUAAUUUCAAAGCAGCAGAAAGAACCUUAUCCCUGUAUAUAUAUCACGAGUACACAGAGAUAGUACGGCGAAUGACAUUGCUGGCUUUAUUAAGUACAAGACUCAACUGGAAACGGUAG